AUGUCGACAAUUCUAAGUAGAUUAGAAUAUCGAGCGUUGAGCACAAUGGCACGGCGCGGAUUGCGAAGCAGCGGCAGCUCAAAACUGUCAUCGCGUUCCCGUCCGUCUUCAGUCACUGAUGGCGAUCGCUCGACUGCUUCAACGACGAAUGAGAAAAGUGCAAGAAGCACCCCAGCGAUGAGCGUCGGGCGUGGGAGCAGGCCAGUCAGUCCAUCGUCGCCAAAGAAAGGUCUCUCUUCGAACAAGGCAGACCCGAAGUUUACAAUAACAAAUGAAGAUUUUCCUGAACUUCCUGUCGCGAAUGUCGCCAGGAACGCAAUCGCAAAAGGUGGAAAGAAGGAAAAAGAUUCUCCACGUCCCCAAUCAACGGAUCUUUCGGAACAGAGUAUUUUGUGUCCUUCUACUGAUGACAGCGGUGUUUCGUCAAGCAGCCGUGGAACCACUCCACAAAACGAUUCGGACGAUGUGGAACCGAAGAAGAAAACUCAUGACAAACAAUCGAAUCGUAAACCGACUCCGUCGCCAACUAAGGAUACUCCUGUGAAAACGACGCCUAAACAAUCGUCGAGAUGCUCAACAGCUAACGGAUCUCCAAAGAAGAAAACUGGAAAUUCUUCUCUUAGCUCGCCAUGCCCACCGUCAUUUAUUAAAAUUAGCAAAUCUGGAAUAAAAGUACCAGAACGACGUGGCGCGAAUUCGAAAAAAAAUGAGGCUAAAACGGACACUCCAAAAGUCAACCAACCAGCUUCCGAUAAUAAUCAAACAACAAUUGAAAAUGGGAAAAGUUGUCGAAUUAUUGUGAAUGACGACGGAGAAAUGUCGAAUAUUCCACCAACUAUGCUCACAGAUCAAUUUGGACUUGCCGCCCUUCUUCCAAUUAUUACCUUGGCGAACAGACGCAAAAUGAAUCCGCCAAUUUCGGAAAUGACGGAUGAACAAAAGAAAAUCAGGCAAAAAGAGGAAUCUAUCGAGCUUCUCACCUUAGGUAUUGAUUUAAACAAUUGUGGAGUUCCGAUGAAUAAUAGCCAAAACAAGCCAGUUUGGAAAAAUUUUUCGGGUGUUUAUGGACAUGAUCCAUUGCUUCCUCCAAAUAUUGAUAUUGAUGCUUGUGAUCUUCCAAAUGUUUAUUAUACGGCAUCAAUUAUACCAGGAUUGAGUAAUUUAGAUAGCAGAGUUCCAAAAAAGCUCGGCAUUCAUGAGCUUUUCUUCAUUUUCUACAAUUUUCCCGGAGAAUACUGGCAAGUUGCGGUUACUGUCGAACUUGUCAACCGUGGCUGGCGUUUCUUUAAAGGCGAAAAAGUUUGGGUGCGUAAAACACUGCAUGAUCAAAAUUUGAUGAUGCCACCAAAUUUCGCUGCCGCCGGAGAGAUUGAAAUGGGAAUUUUUGAGGUUUACGACAAAGAUAAAGCUCGAAUUAUUUCCCGAGAAAUGUGUGUUCCAAGUGCCGACUUACUCGCUCCCAACUGGGAGAAAGAGGUGCAUUACAUGGAUAAAUAUGUUCGAGAUAUGACAAGAAAUUCGAUUCUGAAGAAAGUUUCCAAUGAGCCAAAGAACACUGCGUCAUUUUCGAUUCCUCUUUCGACCAGAGCUGCUUUCAAUAGAGGUGCCGGCACAGAAACUUCGAGAAGUACUCAAAACCGUCGCUUGCUUAGUUUUGUCGACUCAUCACCUGACCGAUCGCCUUUACCGCCCGAAUUACAAUCGACCCAAUCAACGGAAACCGCUCGUCGACAGAUGUACCAAGUGUUUCUCCAAAUGCAGCAACAACAGAAACAUUAUAGUCAACAGCAGCAGCAACAAUUUCGCAACUCGUUCCCAGGUGGUCCCUACAAUCCAUCUACGAAGCACUUCUAG